AUGGGUGGACGCGAGUCCAAAUUGAGUGCCGAAGACCUGGCCGAGCUCCAACAGAACACCUACUGUAAGUACAAGGGCUUCCGCAAGGACUGCCCGUCGGGCGAGCUGAACCAGGAGGAGUUCCAGAAGAUCUACCGCCAGUUUUUCCCCUACGGCACCUCAUCGUCGUUUGCAGAGUAUGUCUUCAACGUCUUUGACGCCGACAACAACGGGUCGAUCGACUUUAAGGAGUUCAUCUGCGCACUCUCUGUGACUUCGCGGGGGACGCUGGACCAGAAACUUGAGUGGGCCUUCCAGCUGUAUGACCUCGACAACGACGGGUACAUCACCCGCGACGAGAUGCUCAAGAUUGUCGAUGCCAUCUACAAGAUGGUCGGCAACAUGGUCAAGCUGCCCGAGGACGAGGACACGGCCGAGAAGCGGGUCGACAAGAUCUUCCGCCAGAUGGACAAGGAUGUCGACGAGCGCCUGACUCUUGAGGAGUUCAAGGAAGGCUCGCGGAAUGACCCGUCCAUCAUCCAGGCCCUGCAGCUGUACGACGGUCUCAUUUGAUGCGGGCGCCGUGCCGUACAAAAGGGCCAUGAUACCCCUUGGCCGCGCGGUUCAGCACGCGUGAGCCGGCCUGCGACUUCCUCAGC